GCCAAUGGCGAGCGGCCUGGGGGGCGGAGCCCGGCGCGGCGCGGCACAGUAGUUCCCCUGGCGCUCGGCUCCCUCGCGUUAGACUUGCUGUGUUGUGAUCACGUGGGCAGCUCCGGGCGCGGCGCUUGUUUUGGUUUCCGUCUAACUUGCCCACCGCAGCUUCGGUGUGAACGACUUUCCUGCACUGGUUGACGCGCCUGCCCACACCCUGACCCGGUCUUCGGGCUCUCUCAGCCCGCAGUUUCGCAAGCUCCUGGGGCGGGCUCCUGCCAUGCCGCUGGUCCGCUACAGGAAGGUGGUCAUCCUCGGAUACCGCUCUGUAGUCCGAAAGGACAGAGGAUGUGAAUGUGGAUGGAUGAUUUGGAUACAACUGCCACACUGCUCCCCACAGGGAAAACAUCUCUGGCACAUCAAUUUGUGGAGGGCGAGUUCGUGGAAGGCUACGAUCCUACAGUGGAGAAUACUUACAGCAAGAUAGUGACUCUUGGCAAAGAUGAGUUUCACCUACACCUGGUGGACACAGCAGGGCAGGAUGAGUACAGCAUUCUGCCCUAUUCAUUCAUCAUUGGGGUCCAUGGUUAUGUGCUCGUGUAUUCUGUCACCUCUCUGCAUAGCUUCCAAGUCAUUGAGAGUCUGUACCAAAAGCUACACGAAGGCCAUGGGAAAACCCGGGUGCCAGUGGUUUUAGUUGGGAACAAGGCAGAUCUCUCUCCAGAGAGAGAGGUACAGGCAGUUGAAGGGAAGAAGCUGGCAGAGUCCUGGGGAGCGACAUUUAUGGAGUCAUCUGCUCGAGAGAAUCAGCUGACUCAAGGCAUCUUCACCAAAGUGAUCCAGGAGAUUGCCCGUGUGGAGAAUUCCUAUGGUCAAGAGCGUCGCUGCCAUCUCAUGUGAGCCCUCAGGUGUGGGGUAACUGCCUUGUUUCUGCCCCUGGCACUUGCCAUGUUCCAGUGGGGGCAGACCCUCAGGACUUCAUGGGUAUGUUUGCCAGCUGUGUACCUGGCCCCUGGGCACACAGUGUGGCAUCCUCAUAUUUGCACACUUUCCCCAGGCUCCAGUGGCCUGGAUGUUAAUGUUUACAAAGGGGCAAGGACAUCUCAUGGACACUGGCUGUCUAGCCCUCUGUUUUUGCUAGAUGAAUUCUGUUAUAACCUAUGGGGUUAGAAUAUGAGUCCUGGGCAUUAUUUAUCCAGGACCCAUCCUCUUGGGUGGGUUUUGGGUGUUGGCUCGGUAAGGGGAGCUGGGGACUCCUGAAAUAGAGCUGACUCCCUGGGGUGACAAUGUAUACAUGCAAAUAAACUGAGAAAUCUUUU